AAGAGGUAGAAGCAGAGCUAAGGAGAGAGUGGGUGUGGGUUCAAAUAUAAUUUACCCGUAAAAGUCACGCUACCUCUGUUCAGAGUCCUCGUGCCUCAGCAGGGCGCGUGCGUUCAGUUAGUUUCCUGCGCGAGUCCAGUCAAGAGCGCGAGACACAGAAAACGCUUUCUUCUUUAUUAAGGCCAAACGACGUGACGGGCGCAUGCAGGAGCAGCAUGGGAAGGUCACACCUGGCUAUCAGGAUGAGAAUAAGACGGCAUAAAGUCUUCCUGUUGUGCUUACUGGGGAUUUGUGUCAUUUCCUUCCUUCAUUACUACAAAGCUCUGCACAAUAUUUCACUGCUGCAGGAGCUCUCCGCUCCUUCCACGCAUCUGAAGUCUCUGAAGAUCUUCAGUGAUAUCUUCUGGAAUUUUCCAGCUGCUGACUUCCGACCCCAGCAAGACUUUCACAAACACAGCCAACUGAAGGUCAAUGUCGACUCAAAUUUGAUCCUGAAAGGUCCUCCAGAUAAGAAACUUCACGAACGUACUUUUGUGCUCCGGGAUGAUCCCACACCCUUCUUCAUCCACACCAAAUCCGGAGCAGUGUGCUUCAGAGAGGGGAUUGAUAUGACCGCCUCUGCAUCUCACCACAGGUUACUGCAACAACAUCACAGAGAAAUCAAGUUUAAAGAUAAAGCAAUCAACGAAGUUGAGAAGGUGGUUCAGUGUCCCUGCCGGCAGGGCUGGCACGGCCCUCACUGUGGCAUCCCUACCAUCGUAUAUCAUUCCAAUCUCCCGUCCAAGUCAAAAGUAACACCCAGAAAGGUUCCCCGUCGGGUCAUCAAUGCCAUCAACAUCAACCACGAGUUUGACCUACUACACACUCGAUUCCAUGAACUUGGAGAUGUCGUGGAUGUGUUUUUGGUCUGCGAAUCCAAUUUCACUGCGUUCGGUGACUCAAGAACUCUUUUAUUCCAGCAGAUGAUCUUAAACGGGACGUUUGACUACAUAAAGCACAAAAUCCUGUACGUCUUCCUGGACCAUUUUCCCGAUGGCGGUCGCACAGACGGCUGGAUCGCGGAUGAUUACCUCCGCACGUAUUUAACCAAAAACGGAAUGUCGAGGCUCGAGGGCCUCAAAGCAGAUGAUGUUUUCAUCAUCGAUGAUGCGGAUGAAAUUCCUGUUCGAGAUGGAAUUCUUUUCCUCAAGCUCUACGAUGGCUGGACGGAACCAGUCGGGAUACACAUGCGCAAAUCCCUAUAUGGAUUCUACUGGAGGCAGUUCGGAACGCUGAACGUUUUAUCUGCUUGCACGGCAGCGAUGCUCUUUAAGGUUUACAAGGGUGAUGGCAUUUAUCUCCGGCGCCGGUCAUAUUAUUCCAUGUCGGGAUUCCGGGAAUACGAGAACUCCACGGGACGCAUUCUGGUGCCGUGGGCCAUCGGAAGUCCAGUUCACUAUGCUGGGUGGCACUGUUCUUGGUGUUUUAAACCAGAAGGAAUUUAUUAUAAACUCAUAUCGGCCCAAAAUGGAGACUUCCCACGUUGGGGCGAUUACAGCGAGAAACGGAAGAUGAGUUAUAUUAAAGAGUUAAUACGGACAGGGGGUUGGUUUGAUGGGUCUGCUCCAGAAUACCCUCCCUCAGACCCCAAAGAGCAUAUGUAUGCUCCCAAAUACCUGCUGGACAACUAUGAAAAAUAUCGCUACUUGCUCGAAAACCCAUAUGCAACGAUAAACGUUAAGAGAAAUGGGUCAAGUUUUAAAGGGGUCAUAUGAUGCUGCUAAAAAGAACAUGAUUUUGGGAGUAUUUGGUGUAAUGUGAUAUGUGUUUAUGCAGUUUAAGGUAAAAAAAAAAAACAUAUAAUUUUCCACAUAAUCUACAUUAUUGUGUCUCCUCUAUGCCCCGCCCACUGAAACACAUCGAUUUUUACAAAGCUCAUCGGUCUGAAAAGCGAGGUGUGCUCUGAUUGGCCAGCUAUCCAGUGCAUUGUGAUUGGCCGAACACAUCAAGCAUGUGACAGAAAUGUUGCGCCCCUCACCAUACUGUGAUGCCCUUUCCGGCCGGGGUAACGAGACAUAAUCAUAAAAUCCAUUGUCAACGUGAUAUAAACAUUUCUAGUCAUGUCCUCUUUUGAAAGGCCAAACAAAGUAGUUUCACUCUCACAGUGACAACAUCAACAUGGUGACAGCAACAAUACUACAGCCAUAAUAAAAUGGGGAAUUUAAAUGGACAGCUUAAUAGGCAUAAGCGAGAAGUGAAACUGAACGAUAGUAAGGAGUUUCACAGCCUUUCGUGAUUCAGUUUUCAAGUUCCAGAGUUAUGAGAUAUGAAUUCCCUCCACAUCACAGAUGGAGCAUAAUAACAUGAAGGAAUACCAACAUGUUUUACUAUUUAAUCAGAUUUGAUACUUUAGACUCUAUCAAGAACUAUAGCAAGUGAUUUAGCCACUUCAUGGCUAUAAACUGAAAAUUAUAUUUUUAUGGUUUAAAAACUGUUACAAUUAAUUAGAUUAUUCUCCAUACAAACCAUCUGGUGAGACCAAGGUGCCUAUACCUAUACCCAACGUGGUUUUACUCCUGCUUCUAUGAAAAGAUCUCCAAACGUAAUCAUAGUAGUGUAUGGAAAAAAUUGCACUUAAAUGGAUUUGAUGCGAUAUGAGGUUUAUUUACUGAAUUGUUUACUCCAUCUGAAAGCAAUGCACUUAAAUGGCUUAAACCGUCGCCGAUAGCCUCGAGGGACUGCGAAUGUCCCGAGUUCGAAUCCCAGCUCAUCAUCAUAUCCCAGUUGCAUCACAUAGUGGUAAUACCAUCUUACAAUUAGAAACAGGAUACAGGUGUACUUGAGGAUUUUAGGAUUUUUCAUCUACACUGGAAGAAUAUAUAUUUUCAAUGUCUUGUUCACCUUAUUUCCCAAUAAAAAUAAACAAGAUAAAUAAUAUAAAAAAUACAAAAAUAAUAUAAUAAUAUACUAAAUAAUAUGUUAAGACUUGUAUGCAAAUAAAAUGGUAUUGUUUUAUUGAUGUUUAUAGAAAAUUUAUACCAGAUGAUAAAAAAAAUCAAAUAAUAUUUGAAUGAUUUUUACACUGUAAAGGACAAUGAUAUUGCAGCUAUAAUGCCACUUUCACUUUUUCAUAGGUUACUGAUCUAUCAUGGCCUGUGGAAGCCUCUAAAGGUUAAAGAUUUAGCUGAGGACUUGUGUUUCAUGGUCAGUCACGCUCUGUGUGCGUGGAUAUAGAUACGUUAAGCAUUAGCCGUCAGUAUCUCUGAUGUGGAUCUUUAAAAUUUGCCUUGAAACCGGAUAUCCUGACAGGAACUGAGUAAGCAAGGGGCUGGUUAUGUGUCGGCAAAGUUAGCCGUAACAGGAAAUCAAUUAUACCAUAAGAAGCCUAAACAGCCAAAGACGAAUAUGGGAAGUUUUAUACAGUGGGGCUUCAAACCCUGGAGUUUAUAAUCAAAAGGAUAGUUCACCCAAAAAUGAAAUUUGUCAUCAUUUACUCAGCCUCAUGUCAUUGCAAACCUGUAAGACUUUACUAGGAUGGACAGAAAAUACAAUAGAAGUCAUUUGGAUACCAAAUGAGGAGAAAGGAUAAGGUUUACCCCAUAUUUCAUUACUAAAAGAUCAGCAUACUGUACAUUGGCUAUCAUAGUAAAGUAUGAAAGCAUUCAAAACAUACUUAAAUUGGCUCAGUAUUUUGAUUCAUAUGAAUAUGUAUUUCCUAUGAAUGUUGUGCUAACGGUUUCUGUGUUCACAAAGGAAAUCUGCAGAGUAUUAGUCAUAUCAGUACUGCUGCCUCAUUUGCAUUAGUGCAUUAUUUGCAUUCAUGCUUUGACAAGAAAACUAUUAGCGUGAGUUAAAGAAUUUGAGGAAGAACUGAUGACAGAAUUUUCAUUUUGGUUGAUCUAUCGAACAUGAAUGUCAUCUUUUAACUUUCCCUUUGUCAGCUAAAAUGUUACAGACCGAGAUCAAAAUGAACAAAUAAGUUUUGAUUAGGUGUUCACUUGAAUUUUUGCCUAAUCCAUGAUUUAAUCUUUGUUUUUGCAUCUAUCUCAGGUAGAAAGCUUGCCAAGUUGACAGGGUUUAGUAAUAAUGCUGGAUUGUCCCACGAGUCACUCAGAAGGAGGGUGGUGUAGGACCAGAGGGCAACAGUGCACCUGUUCAUCCGAGAACUGAAAUCGAAUCUGAGCUAGUUUGCCUUGUUCCACUUCCUACAUCUGAGAGAUGAAACCUUGUAACCUGCUCAGAGGCUGCUUAUGAGAGAGACUUUUGAAGAAGACUAAAGGGCGCAGAGUUGUUUUUCUCAGAUCUGUGCACUCUGAAUGCACUGUUAAAGGAAUAGUUCACCCUAAAAUUUUUAUGUACUAGAUUUACAUCACUUGCUCACCAGUCGCCCCUCUGCAGUGAAUGGGUGCCGUCAGGAUGAGAGUCAAAACAGCUGAUAGAAACAUCACACAACUCCAGUCAAUCAAUUAAUGUCUUGUGAAAAGAAAAGCUGCAUGUUAAAAAAAACAUCAUUUUGAUAUUUUUACCUUCAAAUUGAUGCUUCUGGACAAAAUAUGAGUCCACAAUCCUUAAAGGGGGGGUGAAAUGCUAUUUCAUGCAUACUGAGUUUUUUACACUGUUAAAGAGUUGGAUUCCCAUGCUAAACAUGGACAAAGUUUCAAAAAUUAAGUUGUACGUUUGAAGGAGUAUUUUUGUUCCAAAAAAACCUCUUCCGGUUUGUCACAAGUUUCGGAAAGUUUUUUUCGAGUAUGGCUCUGUGUGACAUUAGAUGGAGCGGAAUUUCCUUAUAUGGGUCCUAAGGGCACUUCUGCCGGAAGAGCGCGCGCUCCCGUAUAGCAGAGCACUGAGAACACAGACAUUCACUGAUCAGAGCGAGAGCGUUGCGAAAAGUCACAAAAGAAGUAUGUUUUUGGUUGCCAGGGCAAGACAACCCUGCACAGAUUACCUAAAGAGAAACAGCAUUAAGGGACCAGUGGAUGGAGUUUAUUUUUACAGAGCAUCAACGGAGUUGUGCAAGUGUUUUUGUUUGUUCCCUGCAUUUCGGAUUGCACAUCAUUUAUUUCUCAAGGAUAAUGCAAUCCCAACGGAAAAGGGUCACGAUCGUGUGUUGGAACCGCAGGCAGUGAGUAAAACUGCUUCAAAUAUCUCUGUGUUGUUAACUUAGCUAUCAGUGUGUAAGCACAUCAAGUAAACAACAUGCGAUGUUGUCAUCAAACUGCACUUUCCACAUGUAACGUUACAGCUUAAAAAAAAAGACGACAUAAAGUGGAACUUAGUCAUUUUCCAAAACCGCUAAGCAAAUAUAUACAGUUUCAGUACAUACCACAUAGAGACGCCUUUGCUGAUGCUGCUCUUGUUAAAUUUCAGCCUCUGGAUCUGUGUCACAGCUUCCACAUGCUCUCAACUCAAAAUCCUACUCGCGCUCCUGAUUCUUUAGCUCCGCCCACACGUCACGCCUCUAGGCGCUCGUGUUUUUCCGGAAAAAAUCGGUACAGACUAUCUUUCUCUUAUAAAUAUAAUAAAAAUAAAGACUUUUUGGAGUUAUGAAGAAUGCAGUACUACUCUAUAGGUACUCAAGAUUAACAGGAUAUUGAGUGAAAACAAGCAUUUCACCCCCCCUUUAACAGCAUUCCCAUUUCCUGUUGUCCUCACGAAUCAAAAUCCAUUGACAUAUUUUUUCUAAACUGUUUUCACUUAACGUAAACAGUACUUUAUCUCUGCAUAUUUCUCACCUGAUUCAGACCAGACAACUUUUUCACUCAAGGAAAAAGAAUGGAUCGAGGACUUGUAUAUUUAGUUUUUUAUUUUCUUGCAAACAUGCAGCUUUCAUUUCACAAGAUGUUAACUGAUGGACUGAUGGUUGUGUGGAUUUUUGGUGGAUUACUGUGAUGUUUUUAUCAGCUGUUUGGACGACGGCACCCAUUCACUGCAGAAUAUCCAUUGCUGAGCAAGUGAUGCAAUGCUAUAUCUAUCCAAAUCUUCUUUUUUUUUUCUCGAUGAAGAAACAAACUCAUGUACAUCUUGGAUGACCUGAGGCUGAACACAUUAUAAUUGAUAUUGCUUAUUUACAUAAAGUUGGCACUGGACAAUAGAUACAUUUGCAUAUCAGCAUUGAAAAGUGAUCUUUUGAAAGAUGGUUAUUGCUUUUAUUUUGCAUCUCUUGUGAUGUUUAUUCGUGAACAUUUUUGUGAAACAUCUCCUUUUAUUCUUAAUGUGCUAGAAUUGCCAACUGUCCUUGUUCCAUGGUGUCAUGCUCUUUGAGGUGACAGUGACCCUGCAGAGAAAAUCAAGUUGAUGUUUACAUGAAAUGUGAGAAAUAUGCACUCGGGCCAACAUGUUAAACUAUUGCACUUCCUUUAGAGAAAUUAGAAGCCAUAAUCUUUACCGUAGAAUAAUUAACAGUAACUGGUUGUUUUACUGUCCAACACGUCAAACAGGGCAGUUUUUUUCAGUCCACACACUGGGUUUUACGUAACUGCAGUCCCUUGUCUUUUCACUGUUUAAUGAUUGCGGUGCAAUUACUGAUAUUUCAGAUUGUGUUUAUUGAACUAAUGUGAAUGAGAUUUUUAUUUUUCAUAUCUGUUUGUUGGUUAGCGGUUGCACAGAACUGUUGUACCAAUGUGAAUAAUUUCACUAACUGUUGAUUAUUCUUUUAUGUGUCAAAUAUUUUUUCUGGGCAAUGUAUAGUUGCUUUUUCAAAUGAUUCAUGUAGAAUUUAAUUUUGUAUUUAUUGGGAGAAAUAAAACCAGAAUUUUGUUCUUUGUAAAUCA